CUUUUCUGUGACGUUUGUUUCGGGCAUUUUUCUCAUUGACGUCUGGUUGAGUAAGGGGAAAGAUCAUACACUGCAGUCGGGCUGAAAACCCUUCAGAAUUGAUCGUGUGAUUUUCUGCUGAAGCUGUUAAACGUGUUCACGCCAGGGAAGUGAAAGCAUUACUUUCCUCCCCAUCAGUUAGUCUCUUCAACCCUUGUCGGCGUUUCGUUUCAUCGUUUCUUGGCGAAAAUGUCCGGUCAAACAAUAAGCGAUCGGUUGUUGGCCGCACGUCACUCGAUUGCCGGCCAAGGUCUGGCAAAAGCCGUUUGCAAAGCAACCACCGAAGAAGUCAUAGGACCAAAGAAAAAACAUCUUGAUUAUCUGUUGCAUUGCACCAACGAGCCCAAUGUUUCCAUUCCGCAGUUGGCCAAUUUGCUGAUCGAGCGGUCGCAAAACUCCAAUUGGGUCGUCGUCUUCAAGUCACUGGUCACGACCCAUCACCUCAUGUGCUAUGGAAAUGAACGAUUCACACAGUAUCUGGCCUCGAGCAACUGCAGCUUUCAACUCAACAAUUUCCUAGACAAGGGCAAUGUGGCAGGAGCCACAGGUAUGGAGAAAAGUUACGACAUGUCACCGUACAUCCGCCGUUACGCCAAGUAUCUCAACGAAAAAGCCCUGGCCUACCGGACCGUGGCCUUUGACUUCUGCAAAGUGAAACGCGGGAAAGAGGACGGCACGCUGCGUACGAUGCCGGCCGACAAGCUUCUCAAAACACUGCCGGCCCUUCAAGGACAGAUUGACGCCCUGCUGGAGUUUGAUUGCUCGGCCAACGAUCUGACCAACGGUGUCGUCAAUACGGCCUUUUUGCUCCUCUUUCGCGAUCUGAUCCGCCUCUUUGCUUGCUACAACGACGGAAUCAUCAACCUCCUUGAGAAAUAUUUCGAAAUGAACAAGAAGCAAUGCAAAGACGCGCUCGACUUUUACAAAAAGUUUCUCGUCAGGAUGGACCGCGUGGCCGAAUUCCUCAAAGUGGCCGAAAAUGUGGGCAUUGACAAAGGCGACAUUCCCGAUUUGACAAGGGCACCAAGCAGUUUACUGGAAGCGCUAGAGGCUCACUUGGCUACCCUGGAGGGCAAGAAACCGACGACGAGUUCUUCAUCCAACAUUAGCCUGGCUCAGCACAAUGGCGCUAUGGCGGCCAACGCGGAGCAGAUUGAUGAAUCUUUGAAACGCCAAGCGCUGGCCGAAGAAGAGGCGGCCAUGAACCAGUAUAAAAAGAGCACCAAUCCAUUUCUCAGCUCGCCAACGUCAGCGACAGCUCCGCCCGUUUCCGCAACAGCGGCGGCUCAACCGCAACAGCAGCAACACCAGCCCAUCCUGGAUUUGUUCGGCAGCGACGUGGACGGUGGGUCUUCUCACACUACGCAGUCUGCUUACGAUUCCUCGCACAAGGCGUCGGACGAUCUGCUCCAGUUGGCUGCCAAUCCGUUCGCGACGCCCACAGGUGCGGCACCAGUCAUUCCCGCCAUGCCAGCUCAAUCGCAGGCCGGCUCCUGGGCCACGGGCACUUCACAGAACGGUUUCGGCGGCCACUUCGCCACGGACAAUUCGUUCGUGAACGCUUUCGGCGCCUCGGCUAACGGCUCCACUAAUGUUCCCGACGCUGCCGUAGCCAACCUGUUCGGCCUUCCGCAAUCCUCUCCGGCCCAUCACCCUCCUCCGCCCCGUCCUCCUCCUCCUUCUUCCGCUGCUACUAAUAUGGGCGAUCUCUUGUACGGUAUUGACUCUGGUGUCGGCUCUAUUGUUGCGCCCGCUUCUUGCUCUUCCGGCUCUUCGCCCCUACCAGCACGGGCCAUCGAGAUAAACAUGGACAGUUUCGAUUUCCUCUCGAUGGACUCUUCUUCUACUACUACUACCACCAACGACACUUCUUCUUCUACUACUACUAACAACGCUGGGCCGGCUCCAGCUGAGGCUAGCGCUUCUCCGUCUAAACAAGCAGCUAAAGGUUUCGACGCCUUUGGUGACCUGUUGCAACCGUCAGGUGUGACCGGUGGUGUCACAGUUGGUCCCCAGGCGACAGCUGUCAAACCAGCGCCCGGCCCCAGCAAUAAAGUCUUGACGGGCGACUUGGAUUCGAGUUUGGCCAGUCUGGCCAUGAAUUUGACCAUCAACAAAUCAGCAGCGCCAAAAACCGGUCAGUGGAAUACUGGGCCGACGGCGGCCAACAAAACUGGCGCCCCCGCUCAACAGCCGACCGCUGGGCAAUGGAAUCCGCAGCCCAUGAUGGGCAUGUCUAUGGCCAGUGCGCCCAUGACGAUGCAAUCCGGUCAAAUGGCUUACAGACCCAUGGUCCCGAUGACGCCCAUGACGGCCAUGACGGCCCCUUACGCCGCAAACCAACCCAUGAACCCGACGAUGGUUUCGGGUAUCAGGCCGGGAAUGAUGGCUGGACCUUCUUCUGGCGCCGGUGGUCCUUUCGCCAUGGGAGCCAUGACUCAGCCUGGCAUGCCCAUGGGUUCUAGUAUCCGCCCGGCUGCCAAUCAGCAGCUCGAUCCAUUUGGCGCUCUAUAAUUGAAAAAACAAAAUCAGAAGAAGAAAAAGGAAAUAUUUCCCCCUCUUUUCGGCACGUUUCCAUUUCCUCUCAUCACUGCUUGAUUCGAAAGUUCAAAAAGCCGAAUCUUGUUUUCGUUUUGUUCCUUUUUUUUUGAAUUAUUAUUUUUCUCGGUACUAUAGAAAUCGAUCUUCCUCGCUCCCCUGCGCACUUUUUUAAAAAAAGUUUCGAGUUGAGAAUAACGAUGAAGAGGCAAACAUUCCGCUGUUUCCAGGAGAGACUUCUUGAUAGAUCUGAAAGUAGAGAUAUACAAACAAACAAA